CAUAGCAGAAUUGGUGAAAAGAAACAUGGUUAUUUCUGAAAAAAAUGCUUCUACUUCAAGAUUUGAAACAUGUCACUUGCAUGACAUGAUGAGAGAAGUUUGUCUGCUUAAAACCGAAGAAGAGAACUUCCUACAAAUUGUUCACGGUUCAUCAUCGUCAACUGCAUACUCUAAAUCUCAUCGUAAACCUCGUAAACUCGCUGUACAUCGGCCUGAUGAGACAUUUAGUAUGGAGAAGGAAGUGAAUAGUCCAAGCCUUAGGUCUCUCUUGUUUAUUUGGGGUUCAGGCUGGAGAGCAUCAGGUUUAUUCUUUGAGAGGCUACAUUUGAUGAGGGUUUUGGAUCUCUCUAGAGCGCAUUUUGAAGGAGGGAAGAUACCAUCUAGCAUUGGAAAGCUCAUCCAUUUAAGAUAUCUAAGUUUAUAUAAAGCACAUGUAUCUUGUCUACCUUCUUCAAUGCGGAAUCUGAAGCAGCUGGUUUAUUUAAACUUAUGCUUAUAUGCAAGAUAUCCACUUUACGUGCCAAACAUUUUUAAAGGGAUGCAAGAGUUGAGGUACCUUUCGUUACCUUCAGGGAGAAUGCAUGAUAAGACAAAGUUGGAAUUAGGUAACCUAAUCAACUUGGAGACGCUGAAGUUCUUCUCAACAAAGCAUAGCAGUGUGACGGAUCUUCACUGUAUGACAAGGCUAAGGAAUCUCUUAAUCAUAUUCAACGAAGAGGGGUGUACCAUGGAAACCCUAUCUUCGUCUCUAAGUAAACUGAGACAUCUGGAAAGUCUUAGCAUAGAUUACAAUCAUUUCAAGGUUUGUGCUCCCUCGAAUGAUGACGACAAAGGAUUUGUUUUGGAUUGUAUCCAUCUGAAAAAGCUGGAGUUGUGUAUAUACAUGCCAGGGUUACCUGAUGAGACACACCUUCCUUCUCACCUUACAACCAUAUCUCUAACUGGUUGUUGUUUGAAAGAGGAUCCAAUGCUGAUUCUAGAGAAGUUGCUGCACUUGAAAGAGGUUGAUUUAGGCAAAAGAUCUUUCUGUGGGAGGAGAAUGGUUUGCUCGAGGGGUGGGUUUCCUCAGUUGCAGAUGCUAUUAUUUCUUGGAUUACAUGAGUGGGAAGAGUGGAUAGUAGAAGAAGGUUCAAUGCCCCUUCUUCAUACUCUGGAUGUCAGUUAUUGUGCAAAAUUAAAGGAGGUUCCUAAUGGGAUACAAUUUCUCACUUCUUUAAAAUAUUUGUGUAUGGGAGAGGAAUGGAAGCAGAGUCUAUCAGAAGGAGGGGAAGAUUAUUACAAAGUCCAGCACGUUAUUUCUGUUAGAUUUGGAGGGAAAGCUUGACUUUAUACUAGAUCUCAAGGUUUUAGCUUGGCUAUUGGUGUUUGGGUGUUUGCAUGCGAUGAAUCAUCAUGGACCUGGACCGCGGGUUUGGCCCGUAAAGAACUGUCGCGGGACGGGAUUGGGCCGAGAUUUUACAUACCCGUAGAGAUGUCAAUCAUGGACCUGGACCGCGGGUUUGGCCCGUAAAGAACUGUCGCGGGACGGAAUUAGGCCGAGAUUUUACAUACCCGCAAAUUAGCGGGCUUUGCGGGAUGGGUCUUUGCGGGACUCGGUCUUUUGCGGGACGGGACGAUGCGGGUCUGCGGGAUUACAAAGACCCGCAUUUUUUUCCUCUUCAAUUCUUGUUUUACCUCAAAAAAAAAGAGUAAAAAAGGUAAUUUAUAUGACUUUCCUCUGAAAAAAGAAAAAAGCUUCAGCAAUGAUGAUUCGAGCUCCAACGAUGAUGUUUUGAGCUCCAUUAGUGUUUUAAUUUGGUGUUUUUAAUUAAUUUUGGGAUUAGCAGCUUAAUUUUGGUGUUUGAUUAUAUUUAGUUUUUAUUCAUUAAAACUAAAAAAUUGGUUAUGAACUUAGGAGUUAUAAGCUAAU